GACAUCUGGCAUUUAGUUUGCCGUAUCCCUUUCGUCUCGACCAACUGGGCUUGAGCCCCCGCUUGAUGUGGACGUACGCGCCUUUGUCCGCCAACCUACAUCCAUAAUUCGCUGCGUUCGCGAUCGCUGCUCGCCCCUCUUUGGAAAUACAUUGAAGCAUUUUAAGAGCUUGGGAUUUCGAACUACAUCAAGGGUCAAAGACCAACAUCGAGAUGGCCAGCUCAGACUACGGCGGCGGCCCCGUGGGCGACCGCGAAUACACCCAUGGACAUCCCCAGGGGCACCCACAAGGUGAAGUUGCGCAUCGGAGAGAGGACGAGCAUCUUGAUAUCACGCCAACGAUAUCACAAAACGGCGCCCCUACAAAUGCCCACUUGACUCGCAUUCCAGGAUCGCCUGCGCUGAGCGCCGCCGAUGCUACAGAUCUCGAAUCAAGACGCAGUGGAGAGAAGAACCGGUCGAAGCCAAAGGGGUCGAGGACAGCUAGCGGACAAGUGCGAGUGUGCAAGAAAUGUGGUGAACCUUUGACGGGCCAAUUUGUUCGCGCACUCGAUGGGACCUUUCAUUUGGAUUGCUUCAAGUGUCGCGACUGCGGUCAAAUUGUGGCUUCCAAGUUCUUCCCAGCCGACGACAACAACGGCGAGGGUCAGUAUCCGCUCUGCGAGACGGAUUACUUUCGCAGGUUAGGCCUGCUGUGUUACCAGUGUGGCGGUGCUCUUCGGGGCUCUUACAUCACGGCCCUCGAUCGCAAAUACCACGUCGACCACUUUACCUGCUCGCUUUGCCCGACUGUCUUUGGCGCUCAGGAUAGCUACUACGAGCAUGAUGGACAUGUUUACUGCCAUUACCACUAUUCGACACAGUACGCCCAACGUUGCAGUGGCUGCCAGACUGCCAUCCUCAAGCAGUUUGUCGAGAUAUUCCGAAACGGUCAAAAUCAACACUGGCAUCCGGAAUGCUACAUGAUUCACAAGUUCUGGAACGUCAGGUUAAAUCCCCCACAGAAAGCUCUCGGGCCGGUGCCAGAUGACCCUGCUGGCCGUGAACUAGUUCGGGACGAAGAGGAGCGCAUGGAGGAGAAGGUCUACCGUAUUUGGAGUGUGCUUUCGACUUUCGAAGAGUCGUCGGCGGCUUGCAUAUCGGAUAUGCUUCUCCACGUAAGCAACGGAGCAUAUGUCGACGGUGUCAUGGUAGCUAAAAAGUUCAUAUGGCACGUUGAUAUACUGUUCCACUCAGCGGAUAGGCUUGACGCUACCAUGGAACGGCUAGAUAUGACAGGCCUAAUGUAUGGAAGAGAAGCCAAGCUUCUGUGCAAGAAGAUCGUGGCAUUCUUCUCGCUACUUUCUAAAACACAGGAUAAGGGUGCCCCCCAUUACCUGAAGCUCCUUAUUCGAAUCUGCCUACAAGGAGCAUUGCGGAUCGAGAAGGAGCGUGACACCGCCGAUGGUCUCGAUGGGUUUUUGGAUGAGCUCAAUGACCUUGAGGCGCUCAAGACCGAAGAUAACUCGACGACGACGCUGCAGCUAACGUCCGGCAUGGCUCGCCUCUCGGCCUCGGACUCGGACUCGUGUACCCUCUGCAAAAAGCCCAUUGAGGACGAGUGUGCAAAGAGCGGCGACAAAAGGUGGCAUAUCACGUGUGUCAACUGCUCACGUUGCCAGAAAGAACUCGGCCGGAGUCUACAAGAUGCCCGACUCAACCUGUACGAUUCCAAGAUUUUCUGCAACAACUGCGAAACGUACAGCUCGGAUAAGGCGCCGCCCUUUGAACGCGUGUCCAAGCUGCAGCAGUAUAUGUUCCUGCUCCAGGUGGCAUUGGCGAGGUUAUUGGAGAUCCUACGCAUGCACGGUGCGCUUCCGUCCGCCGCUGAAGCAAGGGGUCACAAUGGGAUUGAUGCAGGCGAUGGCCGUCCGUCAAUGGAUGGUAGACAGAGAGGUUUCCCCGGGGGCGAUCAGUCACUACAUCAUCGAGAAUCGUCCUAUGAGAGCGCUCUUAAUGAUGUCAAGAGGCUGAAGAGCACUCGCUUGGAUAAGCACCUCUCCUCAAGCUUUAGGAAAGCCAGGACGUCCCGAAUUAUGGAUGGACCCGAGAGUAGCAGUGCGCAGCCCGGGUCCGGGCCUGGUUCAGGCAUCGAUGGUGGACCAGCUAAUGGCAGGAGAAUGCGAAUCGAGGAGGAUAUGGGACCCGGAGACGACCACGAUAUGAUGCUGCCUAAUCAGGAUGCCCUCACCCUCGCGGACAUUCCUCGGAUCGUUGCUGCUGAGCAGGCACGAGAACAACGAACAGGCCCGCCUAGUAGGCAUGAGCUAUUGCGUUCUCCGGCCACUGAGCCCUCAUUUGGCGGUGCGUCAUCAGGCAGUGGACACAAGCGAAGCUAUUCCGACAGCAAGGGUGGGGACCCGCGUGCUGCUGGCGAACCAUCGCCUCAGCGUGUUGGUAGGAGAUACUUCUCCGAGCUCUCUGCUUUGGAAUAUUUCAUCAUUCGACAUCUUGCCGUCGUCACCAUGGCUCCAAUGGUGGAAGGUGAAUUUACCCUGGUAGAACUGAUCGGACUUAUCGAAACACGGAAAACGCCCAACUUCUGGAAGAAUAUCGGUAAAGCCUUUCAAAAAGACGGACGGAAGAAGAAGGGUGUGUUCGGCGUACCCCUGGAAGCUAUUAUCGAACGGGAUGGAGCUGAGUCCACAGACGGCGUGGGGCCCGGGACGCUUAGGAUCCCGGCAGUCAUUGACGAUAUCCUAUCUCUCAUGAGGCAAAUGGACCUUUCGGUUGAAGGUGUCUUCAGAAAGAACGGCAAUAUCAAGAAGCUGGGUGAGCUUGUUGAGAAGAUCGACAAAGAAGGGAACGUGGACCUCAGCGGUAACAACGUCGUUCAGGUGGCUGCCUUGCUAAAACGAUACCUCCGAGAGCUGCCCGAUCCGCUUAUGACCCAGAAGCUUUACCGACUUUGGCUGGCAGCCGCGAAGAUCUCGGACGAGGACAAGAAGAGGCAGUGUCUCCACCUGAUAUGCUGUCUGAUGCCCAAGUGUCACCGCGAUUCGAUGGAGAUACUGUUCUGUUUCCUUAAGUGGGCCGGAUCGUUUCACCAGGUCGACGAAGAAUCAGGCUCCAAGAUGGACAUCAAGAAUUUGGCAACCGUCAUUGCGCCAAACGUCUUGUUUGACAGAACUGCGACGUCCACGUUGGGUAGCGACCCAAUGUAUGCGAUUGAGGCUGUCGAGGUUCUAAUAGCGAAUAUUGAAGAGAUGUGUUUGGUUCCCGAUGAAUUAGUACAAUACAUCAGCGACCCCGCCUUCCUUGACGGAGAGCUCACCACUAAGGAAAUCCUCAAACGGUACUCUGAACGGAAUACUGGCGGUUUCGGCUCGCGACAGUACGCCGAUGUUGUCGAGAUCGUCGGCCGGCACGAGAACCCCAGCCGGCCACCGCCGCGAAGGGUUGAGUCCGACCCGACGUCAUGGCAGCAGGAGACUAGCGUCCGGACGGUAACCGAGAACGCGGCGUACCUCGGCCCUGGCCCCACUAGUGGUGGUGGUGGUGGUGGUGGUGGUAGUGGAGGCAACAACGGAGGAGGAAUGGUAGAUCGGACGGGAGGCCCCGGAGGAGCCGUGUCACCACAAAAGCGUGGAGGACCUGGUGGAGGAAUGGGACCACAUCCACUCUCACAAUCACAUGGAGACGGUGGUGGUCCUGGUGGACCACAACAACAGCCUAUUCCGUACGGUCCCGCACCUGAACACGUAGCCGCUGCUGCUCUCGGCGGCGGCGGUGGAGGAGGACCAGGUGUAGGAGGACAGGGUGGAAACGCGGUAGGAGUUGGAGGAGGGGAUGGGGCCCCAGGCGGCGGCGGCGGUGACUAUAAUCGUAAUGGGGGAUCGACGACGGGUGGGCUGCAUAAUCACAAUGGGCAGCAGCAACAGGGAGGAGGGCCGAGGAAGGAAUGGCGGAAUUCCGGCUGGGGCAGGCCAAACAACGGGGUGACUACUGGCACUGCAUGA